AGUGUACACGCAAAUGCUUAAGUUUUGAUGGUAAUUCACAUUUAUCUUGUUGUGAGUGCCUUCAGGAGGGCUUAUGAAGAUGGUUGGGUGGUUCGAAGAAGCAUCCAUACCAGAACCAAGAGGAUGUCCAUUGAGGAGCUGAAGAAGCUCCCUUGCUUUGAGUACAAGGAGGCAGAGACAGGAAGCAGCGCUGUGGAUUGUGUUGUAUGCUUGGAGAAUUUCAGAAGCGGUGACAUGUGUAAGCUCUUGCCAAGCUGCAACCACAGUUUCCAUGCCGAAUGUAUAGACUCGUGGCUGUCACAGACACCCUUCUGUCCAAUCUGUAGGACUUGUGCUGAUCCAUCAAAACUUGGCAAUGUUGGAGAUGAAUUGGCAUAAAUGGGCGACUGAAUUCAUAUUUCGCUUUGUUGUCUCUGCAGAUAUGCAAUAUUGUCUGCAUUUUAAUGUCAACUUUUUGGUUCUCUUCCAUUGGAGUCCAGUUGUUGUUUCUCCUGCUCAUUGAUCUUACAAGAACAGGAUCAGAACUCGGAAGAGUUGGCUUUCACCAGGUUUAGAUCAAGUAAGAUGACCGGUUUCCUGCUAAAGAAAGUAAAAACAAGGAAGAAAAACAAAUGUUCAUAGAAAUU